CUCCCGCAAUACUUAAGAAACAAACCUUUGUUUGAAGCAGCACCUCAGAAACUACCAGAACCAAAUAAUCACAGAGAGAGAGAGAGAGAGAGAAAGAGAGAGAUGGAAGUGGAAAGCAAGGAAUGGAUCCUAGAACAGUAUGUGAGUAAAGGUGUGCCGACGACUGAACAUCUGAAACUCCGAACCUCAAACCUCAAAAUCACCAAAGAUGUCGUGCCAGACGACCAUGUGAUGCUCCGCCUCCAUUGGCUCUCCGUCGAUCCUUACCUCCGAGCCAAAAUGAGCUCCCAACAAGAUGGUCUCUACCUCUCCCAGUUUCAACUCAAUCAGGCUGUGACCACAUUUGGGGUAGGUGAAGUGAUAGAGUCCAAGCGCUCAGGCUUGAGUGUUGGAGAGAUUGUGAUCCACCCAUUUGCUCCUGUGGCUGAGUACUGCAUUGCACCUGCCUCUUUUCUCAGGAAGAUUGACCCUCAUUCUGGGGUCUCAGUUCCUGAUUAUCUCAGCGCUCUUGGGAUUCCGGGAUUUGCGGCGUGGGUGGGAAUAGUGGUGCUCGGAGAAACGAAGCCGGGGGAGAAUGUGUUCAUCUCCGCAGCAGCUGGAGGAGUAGGUGUUUUCGCUGGGCAAUUGGCUAAAUUAAAAGGUUGCAGAGUUGUUGGCAGUGUUGGUUCUGAUGUCAAGGUCAAGUUUUUGAAAGAGGAGAUUGGAUAUGAUGAAGCAUUCAACUACAAUGUCGAGACAGAUUAUGAUGCCGCUUUGAGGAAGUACUUCCCUAACGGUAUCGACAUUUACCUCGACAAUGUCGGAGGCAGGAUGCUCGAGGCCGUCCUUAACCACGUGAACUCCCACGCACGUAUCCCUCUCUGUGGCAUGAUCUCGCAAUACAACAAAGUUUGGACCGAGAGAGAAGGCGUGCGGAAUCUAUUGAACAUGGUGGGGAAGGAGGUGAGGAUGGAAGGCUUCAUGCUGGCUUCGUACAUGAACCGGUUCGGAGAGUUUCUGGAGGAAAUGAUCGGCUACGUCAAGCAGCGAAAGAUUGUUUCCAAGCACAAGAUCUACCAUGGAAUCGAGAGCUUCUUAGAAAGUUUCGAAUCGCUGUUCACCAGCUCCAACGUGGGAAAAGUCAUGAUUCAAGUGAACAAAGACGCAAAAGCUUAACUGAAGUAACGUGACGAUGGUAAUGACCGAUGGAAACAUCUUUCAUAACCUGAAGAAUUUACCUAGAUGAGGUGAAGUCUGGUCUCCUCGUACUGUACUACUAUUCAGUUCUGGUGUCCUGUUUGGAUUACAAAUGGCCUUGUAUGGUCUCUCAGGGACCAAUCCCUCGGUCGUAAAUCGGUCGAUCACAUUUAUUCUGUCGUACUUCCUAUAUAAAGUAUGGUAAUAUGCUAAACUUGGAUAAUA